AAAAUGACUAACCAGCCGGAUUUUCACCUCAUUGGAACCUUCACUCGGUAUUCUAGCUGGACUGCACGCGUCGAAACCGUUUUGGAAUACUUCCGCAUCCCGUACACCGCACAAAUAAUCCGGCUUGAAGAUGUUCGCGAUGUGUCUCACUCCGGACUCGUCCCAUUACUAGAAUGCCGGUCUCUCGGCAAUCUUCGAAUCAAUGACUCUCUCGCCAUUUGCGAGUUUCUCGCCGAGACAAACCCCGAUCUGGCCCUCUGGCCACGGGACAGGAAACUGAGGGCCUUGGCCCGCAGCGCUGCAGCUGAGAUGCACUCUGGAUUCAGCGCCAUUAGAAACGCCUACGCGACCAACUUUAUUGCGCAGUACCACGGAAAUAUCCCGGUCUCGGAGCAAGCCAGAAAAGAAAUCACCCGGAUCCUUACUAUUUGGGAGAACGCGCGCAAAGCCACUCAAGCUCGUCUGGCGGAGCUUGGUCAGAAGGACGAAGGAUUCUUGUUUGGAGGAUUUAGCAUUGCGGACGCGUUUUUCUGGCCUGUUCUCUGGCGUUUCCGCACCUAUAAUCUCCCUCUUGACACUGCCACCCCAGAGGCCUUGAAGUGGAUGGAGACCAUGUGGAAUAACCCCUCGAUGCGCAAGAUAAUCCACCGCUAUUACCAGCAAGUUGAGCGGCCCGAAACGCGGAUUGAAAAGUAUGAGGACAUGUUCCGUGGUCAGGAUGAUAUUAGCUAUACGACUAUCCCAGAGGACUGGACAUUUCUGCGUCACUAAG